AUAAGUGAUUUCUUCACACCAUUGAGAAAAAAUCUAGAAAAAGAAAAUAUUCCAAAUAGCUUUCCAGCCCUCCAAAAUAUUCUCGGCAGGGAAUUUGUGCUCUACUUUUCUCCAAAGUGCUUCUCCUUCCAGUAUAAACACCAAGCAACCCUCUAACCUCUCUCCACCAUACACUCAAAAGUGAUCUCUCUAGCUCCUCCAAUCUUCUCCAAUGACUACUACUACUACUAGUAGGAAGCAGCUUGAAGUCGUAAGAGACGAUCAAACUCCGCAGAAAUGGUGUGUUUUAUUGAGGGAAGAUGUGUUCAGAAGAUUCAUGGCUCAAGGCAGCACAAAUCCAACAGUGCAGAAGGUCUUUGGUGGUGCAUCUUUUUUCAGUCCUUUGCUGUUUGGGAAAUUUUUUGAUCCUUCUGAUGCCUUCCCACUGUGGGAGUUUGAGUCGGAUAUCUUGCUGUCUGGUCUCAGAAGCUCUGGCCAAACCUGUACUGAUUGGUUUCAAACAGAUCAAGACUAUGUCCUAAAAGUAGAACUACCAGAGGAAGGGAAAAAUAAUGUUCAAGUGUCUGCUGAAAAUGGAAAAGUGGUGGAAAUAAGUGGGCAGUGGAAGCAGCAGCAAAGAGGAGAGUCCAACUCCUUGAAGAGCACGAAGGAUUGGAGAAGUGGGAAUUGGUGGGAACAUGGUUAUGUUCGGAGGCUUGAGCUCCCACAAGAUGCUGAUUCCAGAAGGAUAGAGGCUUCUCUCGCUAAUGACCUACUUUUGAACUCAAAGUUCACAAGAUCAACAAACCCUUGGAUUCUAAUGCCAAUGCAAAAGAUAAAGAUCCAAUGUGAGUUUUAAAACCUAAACAUAAUAUUGGUGACUUGUUAAAUUUUGACAUGCCUAUAAUAUAGAUACGUGUGAUAUGAUGAUGUAAACAGAACUUUUUUCUACAUCUAUCGUAGAUAAUAAUUUACAAAAAACAAGUUUACCGCUAUCUUAAUGUCUCGGUCUAAUAAUACAGUAAUAUUUAUAUGUUUUUCUUCAUGUAAUAUAAAAUUAUUAUAUCGGAA